GCCAAUAAAAACCUCUCUUUUUAACUCAGAAAUUACACACAGCCAAAAAACAGAAAGGGAAAUGGGUGGAAUUCAGGUACUGAGUCUUAAAACAAUCUUCCUUCUCCUGGUUGUGUAAAGAAAUUUGAAGUAGAGUCACUCAACUUAGUGACAUUUCCAAGGCCUGGCAUUGGUCUUUUCAAAAUCUCAUGCCCCCUUCCAUUUGAAUCUCGGAAACACCCUGUAAUCCCCAGUCUGCCUGAAAUUCUGGCUAGAGUGUGACGAGUGGCUGACUGUGACCCUGCCUACAUUUCCUUCUCCCCACCCACCCUAAUACUGAGAAGUGUCCAAGGACUGUGGUAUCUGGACCUGUGAGGGACAUUGUAACUUGCAGAUUUCAGAGAAAACCAGCCUGUUCCUUGCCAGAUCUCUAGACAUUCAUCUGGGGAGAGGUAUAUAAAUUGGGAGAAUUCAGGUGGUAAGGUGCUGGAUAUUGUGAUUCACAGGUCACACUUGUACAGGUGAACAUGAGACACUGAUUUCCGAUCUGUAAUAGUUGCCUCCGAAUAUCACCACAAUUCGCUAGUCCUGCUAGGGCUCAUACUCAAAAGUCAUUAAGCCAGUUGACUAUAACCCAAAUCUGGGAACAAAGCUGAAUUAAACAAAGCUCUCAAAGACUGUCCGGUUCCCAGGUGAACUCUAACAUAAGUGCAAAUGAAAUGUGGGAUCUCUCAGAGAGAAAAUUUUAAGCUUGAAAAGGACAGAAUAUAACAACAAUAAUAGUAGUAGUGGUGGCAGCAGCAGCAGUGGUAACAGCUACUUUUUAUGGAGAAAAAGGGAAAACAGAACACAGAAAAGUAUGAGUUAAGAGUAAUGAUCUUUGCAGUUGGGAGCCUGGAGUUCCUCCUCAAAGGCUAAAAAGUUGCCCACCCCUGAACCUCUGACUCUUCCAAGACCAGCCCAGGGAAUAUUCACUCACUUAUCACCCAAUGAACCAACCACAAUACUUAGGGUGAAGGACAGAUAAAAACUGAGCUUGCCAUGUAUGCUUAUAAAAAACAAAAUGCCCUGUGUCCCUGUUAACCUUUAUCCAGCUCAAGCCUUCUUGACCCACCAAGAUGUUAAAAAAAAUAAGAAGACCUUUCACUCUUUCUUUUUAAGAAACAGGUAAACAAAUAACAUUCUCCUGCUAAAGGCAAAGUAAUACGAAAUGAAUAUGAACAUUUUUGGCACUGCACUGGACUGGUGUUCCCCCCCCCGCCCACACAUUUUUGUUUCUCUUUCAGGUACAAGUUUAUCCCUUACAGUGUUCCCUGUUAGGGAUGGUGAGGCUAGAAAAGGCAAUACCCUUCCAUGAAGUUCCAUUCUCUGCCUCCUCCAACUCUCACAGUCCCUUCCAGUGACCUCCCUACAGGAAAUUAAUAAGCUUAAGAGAGAGCUGCCACCGUCUGCUUCACUGGCAUCCUCUUAUCUUCCAGUCUAAAAAGGCACCGCUACGGGAAUCAUUCAUCAAACCCUCUUCAGCACCCUCGAGAAAAGGCGCUCGGAGCCUUGCUAUCCCACCGUGCUCUGGAGAGAUGUCAAACUUACACGGAGUAGAGAAUUGAGCGACGAAAAAGAACCCAGAGAUCGCCUAGCGAAAACGUGUUGCGGUCCCUGUAGAAGGAGUCGACUUUCGGGCUGUCAAAGACCUCAAGUCAUUAGCGUCAGAUGCUGCACUGGAGAGGGGAGUCAGCGCCUCUAAGUGGCUUAGUGCACAAAUGAGGCUCCAGAGACGGCAGUGGCAACUCCAUCCACUUAUCCACCACCAGCUGAACGCGAAAAGCUCUCCCGAGCCCAUCGCGGUAAAAAAAAAAACAAAAAAACUUUUUGAACCAUCUUUCUUCUCACCCCAAGGCCGCCUGGUCUUGGCUGACCCCAUGCUAGGACCCCCUCCCCCCCCCGCCUCCGCUCGAAACUAAGCAGAGCGCACCAGAGGGUGGGAGAACAGGAACAGCUUGAGUCCAGUCACCUGGGCUUUCCGAACCACCCCCCCACCCCCUAACCCAGAUAUCUGUCCUAGCUUCCCACCCUUCACCGGCUAACCCAUCUCGGUUCCACAGGAAGGCUGAGCAAGUUUCUCACCAAAGCGUAUUCUUUCUGAAUCUUGCUCGGAGGACUUAGUAUCGCGGGCGUCCCUGCAAAAAACUGGCAUCCGUUUGUCGCCUUCGAGGUAACUAGCUGUGCAAAGCAGUGGCAGGUCAGUGGUCAGUGAAUUCCUAAUCGUCGCCCCCCUCCUUCCCCUUUGCAGAAAUCACACUCCGGGGAAAUCGGCGCAGGAUCCGUGCGCGCACUGGGUGGCCCGCUCUUGGCCAGAGGUUCUCCAAGUUCCAAGCAAAACAGAAAAAGUCUGUCUCCAGUCUUUUUGAGCCUACAGGACAGCCACACCAACACUCCUUGACAUGGAAAUACACUAGUACAAUAGGCAAAAAGAAGCACACGUUCGCGUUUCGCCUACACCAGGUGGCUUUAUUUGGGCGAUUUGAUCCUGACCUUAUUCCUGUGAUGGAGGAAUCAGGCAUCCAGCGAGGCAUCUGGGAUGGAGAUGCCAAGGCUGUCCAACAAUGUCUGACAGAUAUUUUUACAAGCGUUUACACCACCUGUGACAUCCCAGAGAAUGCUAUAUUUGGCCCCUGUGUCCUGAGCCACACUUCCCUCUAUGACAGCAUAGCUUUCAUAGCUCUGAAGUCUACCGACAAGAGAACAGUUCCUUAUAUCUUCCGGGUGGACACAUCAGCAGCAAAUGGUUCCUCAGAAGGUCUCAUGUGGCUGCGUCUGGUCCAAUCAGCCAGAGAUAAAGAAGAACAGAACCUUGAAGCCUAUAUAAAAAAUGGACAGCUAUUUUACCGCUCCCUCCGCAGAAUUGCCAAAGACGAAGAGUUACUUGUUUGGUACGGGAAAGAACUGACUGAGUUACUCUUGCUCUGCCCCUCUAGAUCCCACAACAAAAUGAAUGGGUCGUCCCCUUACACAUGCCUGGAAUGCAGCCAGCGUUUCCAGUUUGAGUUCCCCUAUGUGGCGCAUCUGCGCUUCCGCUGCCCCAAGAGACUGCAUAGCGCAGAUCUGAGCCCUCAGGACGAACAAGGCGGCGGCGUGGGCACCAAGGACCACGGGGGCGGCGGCGGCGGCGGCAAAGACCACCAGCAGCAGCAACAGGAGGCAACUUUGGGCCCGGGCCCCAAGUUCUGCAAAGCCGGCCCCAUCCACCACUACCCGGCACCCUCCCCCGAGAGCAGUAACCAGUCGGCAGCCGGCGGCGGCGGCGGCACGGCGAAGCCCUCCACAGACUUCCACAACCUGGCUCGGGAGCUGGAAAACUCCCGAGGAGGCAGCAGCUGCUCCCCAGCCCGGAGCCUCAGCAGCGGCGGCAGCAGCGGCGGCCACCAGGAGGCGGAGCUGAGUCCCGACGGCAACGCCACCGGCGGCGGCAAAGGGAAAAGGAAGUUCCCCGAGGAGGCAGCGGAGGGCGGCGGCUUGGGGCUGGCGGGGGGCCGGGGCCGCUUUGCCGAGCGGCCCCCGCCGGCCUCCAAGGAGGACCUGGUGUGCACGCCGCAGCAGUACCGCGCCUCGGGCAGCUACUUCGGUCUGGAAGAGAACGGCCGCCUCUUCGCGCCGCCCAGCCCCGAGACGGGCGAGGCCAAGCGCAGCGCCUUCGUGGAGGUGAAGAAGGCGGCCCGCGCGACCGGCCUGCAGGAGGAGGCGGCCCCCGACGGUGGGGGUGCAGCCACCGAAGACCAGGACGCGGGCGGCGGCGGCUCCUCCACGCCGGCGGCCGCGUCGCCGGCGGGCGCCGAGAAGCUGCUGGCCCCGCGGCCCGGGGGCCCGCUGCCUAGCCGGCUGGAGAGCGGCAGCCCGGCGCGGGGCAGCGCCUUCACCUCGGUGCCGCAGCUGGGCGGCGCGGGCGGCAACGGCGCGGGCGGCGGCGCUGGCGGCGGGGCCGCGGGCGGCGGGCAGGGCGCCGCGUCGGACGAGCGCAAGAGCGCCUUUUCGCAGCCGGCGCGCUCCUUCUCGCAGCUGUCCCCGCUGGUGCUGGGCCAGAAGCUAGGCGCGCUUGAGCCGUGCCACCCCGGCGAAGGCGUGGGUCCCACCCGACUCUACCCCGCCUCCGCCGACCCUCUGGCCGUGAAGCUGCCGGGGGCCGCGGACCUGAACGGGGGCUGCGGGGCCCUGCAGAGCGGCGGCGCAGGCUUGCCCAAGCAGAGCCCCUUCCUCUACGCCACCGCCUUCUGGCCCAAGAGCUCCGCGGCGACCGCGGGGCCCCUGCAGCUGCAGCUGCCCUCGGCGCUGACGCUGCUGCCACCGUCCUUCACCUCCCUAUGUCUGCCAGCGCAGAACUGGUGCGCCAAGUGCAACGCCUCUUUCCGCAUGACCUCCGACCUGGUGUACCACAUGAGGUCGCACCACAAAAAAGAGUACGCCAUGGAGCCCUUGGUGAAACGGCGGCGGGAGGAGAAACUCAAGUGCCCCAUUUGCAACGAGUCCUUCAGGGAGCGCCACCACCUCUCUAGGCACAUGACCUCGCAUAACUGACACCGAAAGGACCCCGGCUUUCCACGCGCCUACACGCACAGUCAAGCCACCUGCAGGAACGAACACAGGAGGACAUCCACCGCCAACUUGAGCCCUCAAACACUGCAUUCAGACGCAAACACACGCACACACGCGCGCGCGCGCACACCCACACACAGCCUUCUCAUCCAGGUGUUUAUACACACACACUCGAGACAGGAUGGUGGAUUUUUUUGAUUGGGUGGGUUGUUUGGGGGGUUUCUUUUGAAUGCACGCAUUUUCACUUUCCCAAAAACAAAGGUACAUUUUUUAAAAUGUCAUAUAUUGCAACAUAUUGAUGCAUUUGUCAUACGUUUCUACUUAAAUUAUUAAGCACUUACAGUUUAGAUGUAAUAAUUAUAUGUGAGGGCAAAUUUUAUUUUAGAUAUAAAGUAAAGGAGGAGGGUGAGAUACUUUCUGCAUUUCUGGAUGACAGUUUGCGUUCUUACAAAAAUAAACAAAACGAAUAAAAAGGGGGCUAUGAUUCAGUUUAAGUUUCCAGGGGGAAGUGCAUGUAUCAUGAAAUGAUUAUGGACUUCACGGAAGAAUGUCAUCAAUUAUGUAAAUAUGUAUUUCCUUUUAAUACAAAGUGUAAUUUUGUGCCAGUGAAAUGAAGUCUGAAUAGUUAUGUGUUUCUUUUUUUUCCUGGAAAGAUUUAUUAAACUUUAUAGUUUAUCCGGGUAUGUUGGAUGCUUUGACAAUAAAUGACUAUUUUCUUCAAAGCAAUUAUUGGGAAAUUGUUUUUUUUUUUUUUUUGAUUUUUUGGUGACUAAGGGCUGCCCUGCUUAAAUUUAUUUUACUCUAAGCAAAUUUUGAGCCUUUAAAUGGCGAGACCAGAUUUGAUUAUCAUUUGGAAAGUCUUUAGCUGGAAAAUGCUGGAUUUCUUGAUCAAAGAACAAAUCAUUUAGACAAGGAUGCUUGCGAUGCAGCUAACUUAUCAUUGGGAUGUCAACAUUCCUUUCUGCAGUGGAGUAAUUAGCAUCUUCACAAAUGGCCAGAGACAAACAAUUUUCAGGCCUGGAUCAGGGAUAUCAGAUGAAAAGUCCACUUAAAGUUCUACUAGUGAUUCUUACACAGAAGAGUAUCUCCUAGUCCAAGAUCUUUCAGUGUUCUGUCACUAUCCAUUAGGAGAGCCUGCGGAGAGUUCCCCCCCUACCAAGAAAUCAUGUUGAAGUGACUGUGGUUCAGUGAUGGUCUGUAUAUCGCAGGGCUCAGCUUUCCUUCCAAAGGCUUAAACAGCUGCACAGGCCCUGAAACAAAACUAGACUUGAAACAUUGUAAUGCUGCUCUACAAAUGACAUGCUUCCUGUCCCCACAUGGGAGUUACGAAAAGUCCCUCUGUACUCUUCAUACACUGACAAGAAUUCCUAAUUAAAUGGGGUAUAUAUAUAUGUAGGUGUAUGUGGUGUGUCCAGCAACUAUCAGGCACAAAACAAAACAGGUGACGGUCUUUUAGGUCUUAGGGUAAAAAAAGGGUAGAGUACCCUUAAUCAGUUCUACUCUGUCCUAUAGGGUCGCUAUGAAUCGGAAUCAACUCGACCUCGACGGCACUGGGACCCUUAAUCCACGGCCAUCUUCUCAGUCACUCUAUAGAUGAGGUAGAAGCAGUUACUCUACUUGUUGAUCUGUUCCAGGUGGUGUAUUUUCCCAUUUCUUCUCCUUCCUUCACAUCCUGCCUACCCUCCCAUAUGUCAGAAGGACACGUGUAAAAAGGCCUGAAAUGGAAAUUUGACAAAGGUCUCAUUGCAGGCUAUUCAAUUACUUU